GCGGUGGUAGCCGAAGGUUGGAUGAUUAUUAAUAACCCACAUCAACUCAAUAGAGGAGCUGCGGGACUUCAACCUUGUGGUUUCACCUCGAAAGAUGUCUUGAGCCUCUUGAAACGAAGGGAAACCCAGGACCAGUUCUGCGCCCUUCCAACAUGAGAGAUUUCGAUGAGAUCACUGCCUUCCUGGGCGAAUGGGGACCUUACCAGCAACUUGUGUUCUUCCUGCUCAUUGCCAGUGUUUUGCCCAAUGGCAUGAACAAUAUGUGGAUGGUUUUCAUUGCGGCGACCCCACACCAUCGGUGUUUGAUUCCGACCCAUCUCAACAUCAGUGAGGCUUGGAUGAAUCGAACCAUCCCCGUGGAGGUGGGCACACUCCAAUACAGCAAGUGCCGGAGAUAUCGUUUGGACGUGAUCAAAAACAUAUCCGAGAACUUCCCUAACGGCGAGAUCGACAUGUCCACCGUAGAGCAGGAGCACUGUUUAGAUGGAUGGGAAUACGACCGAGAUCCCUACCUUUCCACAAUCGUGUCAGAGUGGGACUUGGUGUGUGAUGAUGACUGGCAAGGCCCCUUUUCUUCAUCAAUGUUCUUUUUAGGAAUGCUGGUUGGUUCCUUAUUGUGUGGACAGGCGUCAGACAGAUUUGGAAGGAAGAUAGUUCUAUUUGGAAGCAUGGUCAUACAAAUUGUAUUCAACAUAAUUCUAAGUUUCUCUCCAAACUGGGAAGUUUUCAGUUUGUUUAAUUUCCUUGGGGGUGCUGGACACUCGGCAAACUAUUUGACUACAUUUGUUCUUGGAUCAGAACUACUUGGGAAAUCCACUCGGAUUAUUUACUCUACACUGGGAAUUUGCAGUGCUUAUGCAAUUGGCUAUAUGCUGUUACCUCUUUUUGCAUUCUUUCUACGAGGAUGGCGAAUAUUGCUUUUGGUCUUAAGUGUCCCUGGAGCGAUAUUUCUUAGUUUGUGGUGGUUUAUUCCUGAAUCUCCACGUUGGUUGCUGUCCAAGGGAAGAGCACAGGAGGCUGAAGCAAUCAUCCGAUUAAUUGCAAAGAAAAAUGGUGUCACCUCCCCAACGGUGCUCUUCAGUGAAGUUGAGCUGGAAGAAAUGAAGGCUAAAAAUGUGAAAUCAUACACGGUUAUUCAUCUCAUAAAAAGCCGUAAGAUUCGAUACAUCACUUUGAUCAACCUUAUCCUGUGGAUGAUCAUAGCACUCGGAUACUUUGGGCUGUCUUUGAAUACACCCAAUCUGCAUGGUGAUGUUUAUCUGAACUGUUUCAUUUCUGCUGCCAUAGAGAUUCCCGCCACAGUCGCGAUUUGGCUGUUUCUCUGGAAGUUACCGCGCAGUUUCACUAUUGCAGCCAUACUUCUGUUGGGUGGAAUUAUUCUUCUCUUCAUCCAGCUGAUACCUUCAAAACUUUCAAUACUCGUCACAGUGAUGGUGAUGAUUGGCAAAUUCUGUUUCGCAUGUGCCUUCAACAUGGUUUUUGUCUAUAGUUCUGAAUUCUACCCGACUGUACUGAGAAACACAGGCGUCGGAACAAGCUCAAUGGCUGCCAGAGCAACCAGUAUCCUUGCCCCUUACUUUGUUUACCUUGGUGCUUUUGAUGAGUUUCUGCCUUUUAACGUGAUGGGCAGUUUGGGAAUAUUGGCAGGAAUUCUGACAUUAUUUCUGCCUGAAACAUUAAAUGUUCCGCUUCCAGACACAAUUGAGGACAUGCAGCAUAUCAAAGGGUUGAAAUUUUGGAUUUACAAGAAGCAAAACUUAUCAAAUCAAGUUGAAAAACUUGGAAAAGACAAUAUCGCAGCCAUUACAGAAGAAUAUUGACACAGAUCAGCAACAGUGAAAAUUGGACGAUCACUGUUUUUCAGUUAGUUGUGCAGAUUUAAGAUUCCGAUCUGUCAACACGUACCUAGGGACGAAACUGAGGAUUUCAGGGACAAUCAGUACAACAGGACAAUCACAAUUUGUUGCCUUCUCAUAAUAAUCAUAAAGAACUAAUAAAGCUAUAUCAACCGUUGUGUUUUUUUUAAAAAAAGGCCCCCGGAGAAAGAGUUUGGUCAUGAUUUUACUUGUUUUUCAGUCAGGGUCAGUUUAUUCAAAGACAAUUACUCACUUUGUUUGGAAAUCAAUAAUGUUUUGGAACAGAAGGCCAUGGAUGCAAUUUACAAUUAAGUUGACAAUCAUUCCUUGUGAUUACAAACAUUGCUGGAUUUUGUUUGGGCUCUGUGGAUAAAUAGCAGUUCUUUGACUUUAGGAUGAAAUGUUAUUGUAUUUAAUUUUGCCAAUAGUACAUUUACCUACUGAGCUAUUGGGAGAGUUAAUAUAAAUGCAGUUUUGAAUAUUGUCACUGAAUAAUUACACUUGUGAGUUGAUUACAAGAUUAUCACAAUUUAAUAGGUAGCACAUUACUGGAAAGUCAUUCUGCCAUAUAAAAAGGACAACACUCUCUUUGGUCUUAGUAGAGUGCGUUUUAUUGUAUACAUUUCCCAAAGGUAGUCAGCAAUAAUUCUUUGUGGUUGAAAAUGUUUAUAACUUCUAAAUUCGAAAUGCAUUUUAUCUAAUUUUGCACUGUAGAAGCUGAAAUAGCUAUUAUGUUGUCAAUGCAAUUGAGUAAUUUAUAGCACAUGGCAAUAUGAUAUCAACCUUGUGUAAUAGUAAGAUUGCUACAUUUUUCAUGAUUAAUUUGUACACAGAUGAAGAAAAUUUUUCAAUAAAUGAAUGUGCUUGAUUA